AUGCCAGAUCAAGGGCGUAUUCCAUACCAUUUAGCUUCUCUCGACUCCUUUUCUCAACUCAAGCCUAAAGCUCGACCCAAUCGCUUCCUCUCGCGGCCACUUGAUCGUUACAAACUAAGCCCUACGCAAGUUGACUAUCUUAAUCGACAUCGAUAUCUACCUCGAACUGAGAAACGACCAAGACCUGCCAACAUGAGUCGCGCUAACAGUCCACCUGACCAGCUCGAGGUCAAUUUUCUUGGUACAUCUGCUGGUGAUCAUGUUUUAGGGUUGAUCAGCUUUUUGGCUCAUAUUAGUGAUCGAAUUGAUGCAGACCUGAUGAGCGAAAACCAGCAUCCUUUUUCAAACCCGAGUGCAUCAAUCGAGAUUUUUGGCCCUUCUGGUAUCCGUGAAUUCGUUCGCACCAAUCUCCGUCUUACACAAACUCAUGCCGCUCUCAAAGUAAAAAUCAACGAGCUUCUACGUCCAUCGCGAGAUCGUGUUUAUGGUCCCUCUCAGAGCAAGCCCGACGGUCGACUGUGGCACACUGAAAUUCUCGGAGAAGAUAUCUGGGCUGAUGAGGACGGGGUUUGGAGAGAUAUUGUGGGAAUGGAUGAAGCAGGAGUGAGCGUGGGUGCAGCACCAAUCGCACACCGGACUCCCCAAGCGAUCUUGAGCAAGCUUGAGCAAGAUCGUAAGCCCAUUACAUUCUCCAGCGGUGUAACUCUUGAUCCUCCUAAGCUUUCCAUUCAGGGCCGCAAGGUGGUGAUCCUGGGUGAUACUUCGGAUCCCACCCCAAUACUCGCUCUCACGUCCAAAGAUCCUGAUCAAAAGAUUGAUCUCCUGGUUCACGAAUCUACCGGCACCUCUGUGGUUGAUCUUAACCCAAGUAUCAUCUCAGCUUCAGAUACAAAUGAGGCUAGUGUGGCACAAAAGAUGAGGGAUAGAGGACAUUCGACUUCCUUCAUGGCCGGUCAGUUUGCCCGUCAGAUCAAUGCCAAACGGAUGGUGAUGAACCAUGUUGGCGGCAAGUUUCCCAGUCCUUUGGGAUGUGUUUGCCCCAGCCCGGAACUCGCUAAGAUUUCGGAAUUUCCUCGGGUUGAUCGGGGUGAAAGAGAGUCAUUGACAAUAUACGAUACUUGCUUAAAAUCAACGGCUUCGGGUCUUUGGAAGACAUAUGAAGAGAUGGAUGACGAACGUCAGGGCAAAGUAUUCCAGGAGGUCAAGUGGAUUGAAUCGGUGGCAGCGGAUGCCGUGAAUGGGUGGAAAGCAGGAUGUGGGAAGGAAAAAGAUGAAGUAGACCUUGAAGUGGUGGUUGCACAUGAUUUCUUGCAGGUGAAAGUACCUAGGUCUGAUCUGAUCUGA